AGCAAGACAACAAAUGUCUUGUAAUUAAAAGGUGUUUACUGUCCCUUUAACCUGUCUUCUGAUUGCUUUCAUUUUGAUCAUGUGUUAACCAGGUUAUCCUUUGAGGAUUUCAUGUUCCUCUCUACUGCUUGAGGAUGUACUAAUUCCUCUCCAGAAUUACACUCCAAAUAGGAAGGGUGUUCAGCUUGCUCUUUCCUCUCAAUGUGUUACUACAGAUGCCAUUAUGAUCUCACAGAUCUUCAUCCUGUCUUCCAAAGGCGACCUACUGAUACAUAAGGACUACCGUGGUUUUGCUACCAGUUCUAAUGUUGCUGAUGGUCUCUAUCUAAAGCUUUCUUCGCUGUCUUCAGACCAGGCUCCUGUGGUAACGGUACAUGAUGGGUGUCAUUACAUUCACACACGUCAUCGUGGUCUGUAUUUUGUCAUCAGCACCUGCCCCAGUGACUCGCCAUUUAUAUACAUUGAUCUGCUGACACGGCUAGCAUCACUGAUAUGUGAUUACUGUGGCGAUCUCAGCGAGGCUGUUGUGCGGGUCAACUUUGCUCUGAUAUAUGAGCUACUUGAUGAAGUUUUGGAUUAUGGUUAUAUUCAAACCACAUCCACAGAUAUGUUGAAGAAUUUCAUCCAGUCAGAUGCUGUGGUCAGCAAACCAUUCAGCCUACUAGACUUGAGCAGCGUGGGUCUGUUUGGAUCAGAAACUCAGCAGAGUAAAGUGGCACCAAGUUCAGCUUCAAGCCGUCCUGUGUUGUCAUCACGUCACCAGCAGGCUGGGCAAAACGAGAUUUUCCUGGAUGUCACUGAACGCAUGACUGUUGCCAUAGGAGCAAAUGGUACUCUGUUGAAGGCCGAUAUUCAGGGUGAACUACGCCUGAAAAGUUUCUUCCCAAACUGUCCUGAACUGAGAAUUGGGCUGAAUGAGGAGUUCUGUGUGGGGAGUUCAGAACUGAGAGGAUAUGGCUCAGCUGUACGUGUGGAUGGUUGUCAGUUCCAUGAAUCAGUAAAACUGGACGAAUUUGAAAGCAGUAGAAUCUUACAAGUUCUUCCUCCUCAAGGAGAGCUCACUCUUAUGCAGUAUCAGAUCUCUGACAGUCUUACAACUUCCCUCCCAUUCCACAUUUUCCCCAGUCUUGAGAGAGACCCUGUUAGCAGACGUCUACGGAUUUAUCUGAAGUUGCGCUGUGAUUUGAGCCCCAAGAGUCAAGCCAUUGAUGUGCGGAUACAGCUGUCUGUGCCAAAGGGAUCCAGCAGUCUUUCUCAGGAGCUCAGUAGUCCAGAACAAAGUGCAGAAUUGUUGACCAGUGCACAGUCUCUUAUCUGGAACAUACCUAGAAUCCGUGGAGGAACUCAGCUAUCUGCAUUGUUCAAGGUAGAUGUCUCUGGAUGUACCUCUCUUCCAAACCUCUUGGACUUGCCUCCUCUAAACCUUUCCUUCCAAAUUCCAUCAUUUACCAGCUCUGGUCUCCAGGUCCGUUUCCUAAGACUCCGCAGUGAACAUCCUACUUCAUCCCAUACAUGGGUCAGAUACCUGACACAGAGUGACUCAUACAGUGUACGGCUAAGAUAAUACCAAUAUUUAAAUCAUCCUCAUAUAAAGGUUAUAUUUUACAACCUGUGACCGCAGAAUACACUGUCAUAGAACAGGGCACUGGAUGUGUAAUCAAACUUGUAUUAAAAACUCAACAAAGAUCACCUUGUACGCUAUAUAUAUGGGUAACCAGUAUCACUAAUUCAAAUAAUCAUUUAUCUUGUAUAUAUCCCCCAGUAUACAGUAAGCCACAGAGUAUUGCUCAAUAAACAAUCAACUUUAUUGAUAAUCAAAACAUGAAACAAA